AUGGCGCGCCGAGGAUGGCCGGCAGCCCCCAGACGCCGGGGGAGAGGCCAGCCCAGGUCCUCCUCAGAGCCCCAGAAGGAGCCACGCCUGCACCCCGACCUCGGACUUCUGGCUUCCAGAACCGUGCGACGAUGGGUGUCUGUCGUCAAAGCCGCCCCGUCUGGGGUGCUCCUCACAGCAGACUGGCAGGGGGUCGGCACGCGGGGGCAGGAGGCGGGGCAGGGCCCUGAGCUGCACAACCUCGGGGAACCUUCACAAACGCCGGACCUCAGUGGAUCCUCCUGGGGACUCGGUGAGGGGCGGUACCCACGGCUCACAGCUGAGCCCAGGGAGGCCCCGGGGCGCCCAGUGGCUGGGCGGGAGCUGGGGAGACGGGGGCAGGGAGAGCCCCUGGUCCAGGGCCCCCCCAGCCUGCACGCUGGAGCAUCCUCAGAGCUGGACACCCCGGAGGCGCUGCCCCCCAGGCCGGCGGCCAGAGGGCGCCUCUGUCAAAGCCAGAAACCCGCAGUCUCUCCCAGCCCUGCUCUCGGCCACCGCCCAUCAUCCACAAACCACAUCAACUGCAUCCCGAAAACCACGCCAGCCGCCUCCAAGGCCCUGCUGGGGAGCCCCCUCCUCCAGGAAGCCCGCCCUGACUCGCAGGCGGGCCAGGCGCCUCCUCCGCGCUCCCCACCAGGACGGAAGCCUCCCGAGGUGGCUGUGGGGCUCAGAGAUAUAUCCAGUGAUUCCACGCAGCCUUGCUCGAGCGCCUACUGUGUGCCAGCUGCUGCGCCAGGUGCUGGAGAGACCGCCGGCCGAGGAGAGGCAGAGGAGGACUGCAGUGGCUCUUCAGAGCAGUCGGCCGCCGGGUCUGCGCUGGUUGUCACUGCGGGGAGGCGAUUCCCCAGCCGUGUGGCAAUGCCUGCAAACAGUUCCAGCCCCGCAGACAGCCUUGCACCUGGAGCACCCAUGGGCACCAUGCGGCCACCUCGAAGAGGCCCCACAGGUGUGCACCUGGGACAGGCACAGCGCCGGCCUGGUCCGGCCCGCAGUGGGCAGCCCUCCAGCCCCCCAAGCGGAGAUGGCGCGGACGCUCCUCCUGUUCCCCAGGAAGGGUGCCGGCUCCGGGGCGGAGCAGCACAGCCCCCCCUUGCACCCCCGCGCCCGAUGCCCACGCUGGAGCUGAGGCGCACGCUCUCCCGCCAGCCUGGGAUGGACGGCAAAGCCGCACCGCCAGGAGCCCAGACCGCUGGACGCACAGACACCAGAGCAGCCGGGGCGCCGCCGGCCCCUCCCCCAGGCGCCCCAGAAGGGGCUCCCCAGGGCCGGCUGGAAAUGGAAACCGGGCUUCCAGUCUCCCGCCUGCCACCGCCCGCCUGCAGGCCCCACGGCCCAGGUGCCCGGUUCCCAGCUCCCGCCUCCCCCGACCCUGGGCCCUCUCCACGCCCAAGGGCAGGGUCAGGCGCGAUGGGCCUUAGCCGGCGCCCGCGGGGGGAGAGGGGGCCUAGCGGGGGCCCGGAGCGCAAGAGCGACACGCCACGGGAGGUCGCGGAGGGAGAGGAGGAGGAAGCGGCGCCCCCCGGGCUGCAGCCGGCCCGACACUCAGACAGACCCCGCAUCCCCCGCGCCUGUUCCUCCCGGAGAAAAACAACCCCCAGCCCAGCAUCCUCCGGUGCCAGCCCCCAAGACGGCUCCUUCGGGGGCCGGGGCCCGCGCGCGGCGCGCACACGCACCGUCUCCGCUCACACCCAGACACCUACACAAACAGGGCGCCAAGCACCCGCGCGCACACGCACCGGGGACACGCAGGCACCGCCGCGCCGCUUCCCCACAAAGGCUGGCGCGCGCGCGGGCACACGCAGCCACGCGCGGGCACACUCGCGGUCCCCUCCCCCCGCCGAGCACCCGCAGCCGUCCAUCCGCACCCCCGCGCCCCGGCGCUCCGUGGGGGCUGCCCCUCCCGGCCCCCUCGCCGGUGGGGGUGAGCAGGCCGCUCCCGACUCCCCUCCCGCUCAGCUGCGGGACCCGGGCUCCAGCAUCCCUCCCCCUUCGCGGCCAAGACAGGCCCCGGCUCCCAUUCUCCUCCCUAAACCCCCGGCCCGCACACCUGGCCCAGCGACGUGCGAGGGGGAGGGGCCAAAGGAGGGCCGGACUCGGCCACCGAGGGGUCCGGAGCGCCGGCGGCGCCGAGGCGGGCAGGUAAAAGCGCUUCAGGACCCAGGGGCGCUGCGAAGGGGACGCGCCGAGGCGGCCGCUACCCCGGGAGACCGGCCCUACAAUAAAGGGCGGGGAGGCCGCAAAGCCAGGACCGGAGUCCGCGGACGGGACCGCACCCCGACGCAAGAUCGCGGGCCACCGGACAACGGCUCGGAGCCGACCGGACAGCAGCGGCGGGGGGCAGUGUUAGGGGGAGGCCCUCUUCUGCGCAGCCGCAGUGGAGGCCGCGCCAGCAGCCGGGCACCGGUAACCGCCGCGUCCGCGCGCGCGCAGUCUCGCCCGGGUGCCUGGUGCCCGGCUGCGCUGGCCGGGACCCGCGCCUCGCAUGCCCACUCCCUGCUCCCGGGGCGCUCCUCGCUUCCGGCAUCCUACCUUGCGCCUCGGGACUCCCACGCCCAGUGUGCCCCGAGCUUAGAUGCCCCACGUCCUGUGCACCCUGCGCGCUAG